AUGCAGGUCGUCAUCAUUGGCGGCGGCAUGUCGGGCAUCUCUACGGCGAUCCGGCUCCGCGAGUUCUGCGGUGAUCGCGUCGGCAUCACUAUCCUAGAGAAAGAGUCGGCCCCAGGCGGCGUAUGGCGCGACUCGCUCUGGCCCGGUGCGGGCGUCGACGUCCCCAUCCACCUGUACAGUCUGUAUUCGGAUCUCUCGCCAGACUGGGACACAGUAUUCGCGAGCCAGCCCGAAGUGCUAGCGUACUGGCACGCCUUGAUCGAGAAGCACAAUCUGGGCGAGUGCUUUCGGUUCAACGCCGAGUUUCUCAGUUCCUCAUGGGACGAGGGCGAGCAGCACCACGCCGUACGAAUCCGAGAUACGGCCACUGGGACGGAGGAGACGAUCCGCGCCAGCGUCCUCGUGUCCGCUGCUGGACCGCUGAGGGUGCCCCGUCUGCCCAAGGUGCCCGGGAUCGAGUCGUUCGAGGGCCAGUCCUUCCACAACUUGCGCUGGGACCCCGCCGUCGAGCUCGAGGGGAAACGCAUCGCUGUGAUCGGGAACGGAUCGUCGGGCAUCCAACUGGUUCCCGGCGUCGCCGCACUUCCAGGCGUGAAGUUGACGCACUACGUCCGUUCCGGGGGCUACUUCCCUCCCAAGCUGGGAGAAGUUCUGCUUCAGCUGGACCACCAAUGGGCCGUCCGCUCGCUCGACGACAGUCCGUGGCGCGCCGCCGAGGAGCAGAAGAUCAUCCAGUAUCUCCGUCAGACGGCGCCGGAGGCGUACGUCCCCGCCCUAACGCCUGACUUUCCGCUAGACUUGGGCUGGCUCGCUUGCCUGCACUGGGAGAAUGUGGAGCUCGUCUCGGCCCCCGUAGCACGUAUAGGGCCGCGUGGGAUUGAGGCGGCCGAUGGGGCGCGCGAGCACGACGUCAUCAUCUACGCGACCGGCGCGGAUGUGGCAUGGGAGGGUGUCGGGCUAAGUCGUGGCGUGUACGGCGAGUGCGGGCGAGAACUGAGAGAGUACUGGGAAGAUUUGGGCGGGCCGCAAGCGUAUGCCGGGCUCGCUGUUCCGGGCUCCCGCGCCAUUGCCCAGAUUGUGCGGGCCCCCCGCCUUGAACCAUUCGUGGCCUAUAACGAGAAACUGCAGGAGACACUACGCUCCACCGCUGCUGCCAGUACAGCCACGAAUAACUGGUGGCGGACCGCUGAGGGACGGGUCACGGUCGUGAACCCGGUUACGGGGAGGGAGAUGAGGCGGCGGGCUUGGAGGCAGCCGAUCUGGGAGGACUGGAAGGCGACCCGAGGCGAAGAGGUGGUCGAUGUGGCGGGCAUCGAGAGGCGGAGACGGCGGAGGAGGGGGUUCUUAGGGUUGGCAGCGUUGGCACUGGGCUUGGGGUUCUGGGAAGUGCCACAGAAGCCAGAGGACGCCGAUCAUCGACGAUCUUGUCUCACCUGGUCGUCACCUCUGGUCAACAACUACACCCAUUCAACUCUUCUCAUCAUCUUCUCAACGCAUCAUGUUGACCACCAACGGCAACAGCAAGCCUCAACCACGGCCCCCACCACCUCGCAGCACCCCAACCCCGCCGUCGCCCUGCUGCAAGACGAGAUCGCCGCCCUCGAGGCCGCUCUCCCGCCCGAAGUCGCUGCCAACGCCGACCAAAUCGUCGCACGCCACAUCCGUCUCCUCCACACCUACAAUGAGAUCAAGGAUGGCUCCCAGGCCCUCAUUGCCAAGGUGCACCUCCCUCCCUAUCACUGCUGUCUGCGCGGUGCACCUUAG